CUAACAAAAUCUUACCAAAAAAUUUAAAUAUUUUUUAUAAAAUAAAUAUUUCUUAAUUUCGUGAUUAAAUAUAGUUAUAAAUUUUAAUUCAAAUAAAAUUAUACGCUAUAUUUAUAAAUUAUAUUAAAUUAUCAAAGUAACCUAUUUUAUUUUUAAAAAAAGCAUUCAUUUAAAUAAAUAUCACUCACUAUUAAAAUGAGUUAAAUUUGUAAAUCAUGUAAUAUUUUACACCCUUAUAAAAAUUGUUACAUCUUUUUUUUACACAUUUCUAAAGGCAUCGAACAUGAAUCAAAUUAUAUUUUUUUAUUAUAUUUUUAUGUCAAAUUUUUUAUAUAUUUUUAUAAAAUAAGUAUUUAUUAGUUUGUAUUUAAAUAGAAUUACAAAUUAAUUUGAAUUAAAAUAAUACUAUGCGCUAUAUUUUAUAAAUUUUAAAAUAAUAAUCUAUAUUAAAUUAAAUUAAAGUUAUAUACGCAAUAGAUGUAACAAAAUUAAAUUAAAUUAGUAAAGUAACCUACUAUAUUUUAAAACUGCUUUCAUUUAAAUAAAUAUCACUCACUGUUAAAAUGGGUUAAAAUUUGUAAAUCAUGUAAUAUUUUUAUAAAAAAAAUAAUUGUUAACUUAUAUUUUUGUAACUCACAACAAAAUAUUAUAUAUUAUUAUUUUAUUUAUUUUGAAACUCCCAACAAUAUAUCAUCUAAAGGUAAUUAUUUACAAAAUAAAGUAUAUAACUAACAUUUAAUUUAUGUAUUAUUUAAAAAUUAUGCUAUUAUAAAACUUUAAAAUUUGAAUAUUUAUUUAAAAAAAAUAUUAAUAAUCAAUCAAUUAUAACAAUAAAUUUAUUGUUUAUUUACCCUUAUAACAAAAAAAUAUUGAAAAUAUGAAAAUUACUGAAAUUUCCAAUAUAUUUUAAAUAAAACAAUGCAUUAAUUUAGUAAAAAGAAGAUUCAAAAGUCUUCCAAACUCAAAAAUGAUUGUCUUAUUUUCCAAAUUCCUAUUGACUAGAUAUAUAAUUUUAAAAUAAAUAUUCCAUACUCAUUAUGAUAAAUUAAAAAAAAAAUUACUAAAGAUAAAAUAAUAGGUUCUCAAAUAUAAUGUUUUUGAAAUGCAACACGAAAAUAAAAUAUUGUGUAAAAAUUAUAAUAGUAUAAUGCUUUGAAAUCUUAAUUCUAUUAAAAAUCAGAAAACUUAAUAAUAACUUAAUACUAUAACAUCAAAAAACAUCAUAUAUCGAUAAAAUUACUAAAAUAGUAUUAUAUAGAUGCUGUUAUGCAUAAAAUUUAUUAAAAUAAUAGAACUGGACUAUUUAAAUAGAAUAAUGUAUUUACUUUAUAAAAUUAUACAAUAUACUAAAAUGAUAGAUGCUAAAGUCUAUUUUUAAAAUAAAAUAUAAAACAUAAAUUAUUCUAAACAAAUAUCAAUUUAUAGUAUAACUAAAUAAAAUUUUAAAAUGUAUUGUAUGCAAACUGUUGAAAUUAGAAAAAAUAUAUUUUGUACGUAAUUGUCUAUUUAAUUAUUUCAAAUUAUAAACUUAUUGUACCGAAUUUAGUAUGUAAUAAUAAUUAAUAACAAGUUUAAUGCAUACAACAAAUAAUUAUAUAUGAAUUAUGUUGAAUAAAAAACUUAAAAAUAAGAUAAGAGAGUCAUACAAUAUAUAACACUAAGAUAUAAAUCAUAUAUUUAAAAUGUUUAGUUAUAUUUAUAAAAGAAAAAAUAUACCCGGACCAAUUUAUGAAUGUUAUCUUUGUAUAUUUUUCUUUUAAGAAUUUUUUUUUCCAUAUUUUCUUGAUAAAGAAAAUUUUACUGUAUUUUUACUUACUAUUAAGGACUUUGCUAUAAAGGAAAUAAUAUUAACACGUAUUAUAAUAAUCACACAUUUUUAACAUACGUCAUAACGUGAUGAACUACAAAUCUGUUAUGUGUCAUGUUGAUAUAAAUAUAUCCAACUUUAGUUAAUUAGCUAAGAUUCUAUAUAAAUUGACACCUGUAAAAUCCAUAAAUUACAGUUAUGUUGUGUGUUAACAUACCCAAUUUCUUUUGUCAAUCAUAUAAGUAAAUAAUUUUCUGAACUGAUAACCAAACAUUAGAAAUAUUAACACUCCUAAUUCUGACACUGCAACAAAUUUAUAAUGAUUUUUAGCAAAAAAAAAAACACAAAGUAUAAUAUUAUUUCUCUUAUAUAUUUUGUAUUUUAGUACUUUUGUAGUAUUUUCUUUUAGUAUUAAUUAAUUUUUAUAUUUAAUAAAUUAAGAUACUAUAUUUUUUUGAUGAAAUUAAGAUACUAUAUUAAGUAAGAAAACAUACGUACUAAACAAACGUUAUAAAUCUCACAAAGUUUUUUGACACAAAUAAAAAUAUGAUAAUUAUAGUUCUGUCACGUGUCACACUACAAAAAAGAAGUUUUAGUUUAAGAUAAGAUUUGUAACUGACAAAUCGUGAUGUGUAAAGUUCACCCAAAAAAAAAGAUUUGUAACUGACGUAGUUUAACAUUUUUGUGGAUUAGCAAUUACUAUGGAUGGAUUUUCUUACCACAAUUUCAUAUAAUGUCUUUAUGAAGCAAAUUCUAUCACUAACAAAUCAUCAAAUAUAUAUAUAUACUACUUUUAAUUUCAACUGACAAUCAAAAUAUAACUCUAAAAUCUCUAAUACCUCAAAGAAAAACAAUAAUUAUACGUCAUCAUGGGAAGUUCCGAGUGUCACGAAACUCAUGUUCUAAUGGUAACACUACCAAUGCAAGGUCACAUCAAUCCAAUGCUCAAAUUCGCCAAACAUAGCUCACGAUCAAACCUCCGCUUCACCCUGGCCACCACUGAUCAAGCCCGUGACCUCUUCUCUUCCGCCGCCGCCACCACCACCGGAAACAACCCAUGUAACCCGGUGGAUCUCGCUUACUUCUCGGACGGUCUGCCUAAAGACGACCCAAGAGCCGAACCAACUCUCCUAGAGUCAUUGAGAAAUGUCGGAGGAAAUAACUUGUCUAAGAUCAUUGGUGAAAACAGAUUCUCUUGCAUCAUCUCUUCUCCUUUUACCCCAUGGGUUCCAGCCGUCGCAGCAGCUCACAAUAUCCCUUGUGCGAUCCUCUGGAUCCAAGCUUGUGGAGCUUACUCGGUGUACUACCGUUACUACAUGAAGACAAACGUUUUUCCCGACAAUCUCGAAGAUAUGAAUCAGACAGUGAAACUACCGUCUUUACCAUUGUUGGAAGUGAGAGAUCUCCCUUCGUUUAUCUUGCCUUGUGAAGGAAGUCACUUCUAUAAGCUCAUGGCAGAGUUCGCAGAUUGUUUGAAAUAUGUGAAAUGGGUUUUGGUGAACUCGUUUUACGAACUCGAAUCAGAGAUCAUCGAGUCGAUGUCGAAUCUCAAACCUAUAAUCCCAAUAGGUCCUCUAGUUUCUCCUUCUCUGUUGGGAGCUAAUCAGGACCAAACCCUAGAUGGGGAAAAUUUGGAUAUGUGGAAAGCUGAUGAUCAUUGUAUGAAGUGGCUUGACAAGCAAGCUAGGUCUUCCGUUGUUUACAUAUCUUUCGGAAGCUUGCUCAAAUCUUCGGUGGAUCAAGUCGAGAGCAUAGCGACGGCUCUGAGAAACAGAGGAGUUUCAUUUCUCUGGGUGAUUAGACCUAAGGAGAACGCCCAAAACGUCGCCGUUUUGCAAGAGAUGGUACAAGAAGGACAAGGGGUCGUUAUUGAGUGGGGUCCUCAAGAAAGGAUAUUGAGCCACGUGGCGAUCUCUUGUUUUGUUACACAUUGUGGCUGGAACUCCACGAUAGAGACGGUGGCGGCUGGUGUUCCGGUGGUGGCAUUCCCGAGCUGGACGGAUCAGCCGAUUGACGCAAGACUGCUGGUGGAUGUGUUCGGGAUAGGUGUGAGGAUGAGAAACGACGCCGUAGACGGCGAGCUUAAAGUCACAGAGGUAGAGAGAUGCAUUGAGGCUGUGACAAAGGGAACUGCGGCGGCGGGUAUGAGGAAGAGAGCAACGGAGCUUAAGCAGGCUGCAAGAUUGGCGAUGGCGCCUGGUGGAUCUUCGGCUCAAAAUUUGGACUCGUUCGUCAGAGAUAUCACAACCAUUUGACUCGUUACAAGUCCGUUGUCAUCAGUUGUACUUUAUUUAAUCCGUUUCUCUUUGUAUUUAAUCUGUCGGAUCUGUUUUAUAAAUGAUGUAAUCUACAUUAAAUUAAUAUUAUAAUCAAUAAGAUUAAAUAAAAAAUUAGCACCAAAGCCAACCCAUCAAUAAGAAUAAUCUACUUUUAAAUU